AUGACGAUAAAUUAUCACAAAGAAAUAAUGACAUCCCAUCCGUGGACCUUCUUUUUACUACUGUUCAAAUGGAAAGGUUCGAUUUGGAAGGCUGUUUACAUGGAGACCAUAAUCUUCUUGAUUUUUUAUGGAAUCAUUUCGGUUAUUUACAAAACAGCACUCGGCGAAUCCAGUCAAAGAACUUUCGAGGCGGUGGUACGGUAUUUCGAUAAGAGGUUAUCAUACAUUCCACUUGAAUUUGUGUUGGGAUUUUUCGUUACUACCGUAGUGAACAGAUGGACGAAACUGUACCAGACAAUUGGAUUCAUUGAUAACGUUGGUCUCAUGGCAAACUGUUACAUUCGUGGCGCAACAGAGAAGGCAAGAAUCUAUCGUCGAAACAUAAUGCGAUACUGUGAACUAGUUCAAGUUCUUGUGUUUCGUGAUAUGAGUAUGAGGACUCGUCGUCGAUUCCCCACAAUGGAGACGAUAGUAGCUGCAGGAUUCAUGAAUAAACACGAACUUGAAUUGUACAACAGUUAUGACACCAAGUAUAACAGUAAGCUAGGAACAAAAUAUUGGAUUCCUGCUAAUUGGGCACUGUGCAUGACCAACAAAGCGAGAAAGGAUGGAUAUAUCGAGAGUGACUACUUCAAAGCACAAAUGGAAGCGGAGAUCAGAACGUGGAGGACGAAUAUUGAAUGGGUUUGCAACUACGAUUGGGUACCGUUACCGCUAAUGUACCCACAGUUGGUGUGCCUCGCAGUCAAUCUGUACUUUUUGGUGUCGAUUGUAGCAAGACAACUUGUCGUGGAAAAGCAUAAAAUAGUCGAUGAAGUUGAUGUUUAUUUUCCUGUCAUGACAUUUCUUCAAUUCAUAUUUUAUAUGGGAUGGCUUAAAGUUAUUGACGUUAUGCUGAAUCCAUUUGGAGAAGACGAUGAUGACUUUGAAACAAAUGCAUUAAUUGAUAGAAAUAUCACGAUGGGAUUGAUGAUUGCUGAUAACCCAAUGACAACGCCUGAUCUUCGAAAAGACCCGUUCUAUGAUGAAGUGGAUGUUCCUCUUCUGUAUUCAGAAGAAUCAUCUCAUGUUCCAAAUCAUCAUUAUCACGGAUCAGCCUCUGAAGUGCGUCUGGAGCAUCGUGGAAGCGGACCAGUAACGAUGAUGCCUCACUCGCAGUCGGCGGCCAAUUUGAAACGAAUUAUGUCGUUCAAAUCAUCAGAAGAUGACGAGGAAAAGACAAACCCAUUCUCAAUGUCUCAUGACGAUGCGAGAAUGAGAAAUUGGAGAGAAGUCAGUCUCGAUUCCAGCUUCUUGUCAGAUCUCAACGAGAAUAAGGAAUGGAAACUUCCGACUAGUCAACAGAAGUUUUAA